AUGCAACUUUCCGGUGUAUUACUUAUCUACUCCAUUUCGACAAGUAACUGUAACCAGUGGAUAAAGAGCUGGGAAACNACUUAUACCACUUCUGUUUUUUCCACUACAACUUUAUGGGGAUUUGAUGGAGAUGAAACUACCCAGAUUUUUUACUUCAUUUAUACUCCGGCCUCAACAGUUUCAAGUACUAUAUUUUAUCCCACAACUAAGAAUGUAGUAACCACUAGAACUACAGUUUCAAUUAAUACUAUUAGGACAGGUGAUAUGUUCAACUUUGGUUUUGAUGUUUUAUAUCAUGUGGUAAUUCCUUUAGAUUUAUUCGUUAGUACUCAGUUUCUAAAAGGAACAAACGAAAAUAUAAAAACAAGCACAGUAAUAACAAGCUUAUCCACAGAUGAUGAUGGUAAUAUAACAAGUCUAACUAUUUUUAUAAUAGAAACACCAGCAUUAUCUCCUUCUACUGUUUUUAAACCAUGGUCAGGAAGUAUCACUUCAACUAUUGCUACUAGCACUUAUGUAACAUUUGAUUAUAUCCAUGAAUUAUUAGCUUCAUGGACACUAACAAAUAUAAUUGUGGCGACCCCAAUUUAUACUUCAACUAUUAUCAGCUAUACACAUUGGACUGGUUCAACUACUGAUACAUAUUCUUCCUAUAUUUCAACAACUACCGAUUAUGCCAAUAUUGAAACAACAGUAACCGUUUAUUUCGUCAGAACUCCUACUAACAAUGUUUUAAGUACUCAAUACUUUGCUCUCUCUAAUGGCAAGGAUGCUACUACAGUUUCUACUAUAAUUACUACAGAAUACGAUAUAGACAAAAAUCCUACCACAUUAACAGUUUAUUAUGUUGCGCUUCCUACCAGCGUUGGUGUGACGACAGUUUUCUCAGCUUGGACAGGAAGUUAUUUGUCGCUAUUUUCUACAUAUGUAUCAACUGGAUUUUUUAAUACAUUGACAUAUUAUUACAUCAUGACACCAGAAGAUAACAUAGUGACAUCGUUUGUCUCGUGGAAGGGUUCUUAUACAUCGACAUUUUUAACUAUAACUACCACAAGUUUCGGAUACUUAGAAGAUUUCUUAGGGGAAUGGGUUCAAACUAUCUUCUUAGUCGAAACGCCAGUUUAUAUACACACUUCAACUACUUUAUUCCCCUGGACCAAUCAAGGAACUAUGACUUAUUCAACUGAACUGUUUCUUAAAACAGGUACAGAUAGCAAAGUUACUACUGAAGUGUUAUACUUUGUAAUGACACCGUAUAGAGUGACGACAACAACCGUGACAACGGGAUGGCAACAGUCCAUAAUAUUAACAUUCAGUACAGCUACUGAAAUUUCCACAGGUAAAGAUGGAGAAUAUACAACAACUAUUAUUUACAUUAUUGGUACUCCAGCUCAUCAAGUUACAUCUACUGACUAUAAAGGUUGGUCGAAUGAUUAUUCGUCUACAUUUUCAACAAUUGUGACUACCUACACAAAUGAAAACAAUUAUGAAGUGAUCGAAACAAUAUAUCAUGUUAAUACACCGCUAAGAUACUCUACAACUACGCAAUAUACAGCAAUUUCUGGUAUUUCAAGUACUUAUACUCUAAAGACUGUAAUUGCCACUGAUUUAGACUCUGAUGGAGAUGAAAUCACUUACAUUACCUACUUGGUGCAAAAACCGAGGUAUGAGUUGACAACUACAAGUUAUUCAUACUGGGAUGAUUUAAGAACGAUGACCCUUUCUUCUUAUCAAACCACGGUUAUUGAUUCAAAUGGGAACGAAACAACGAAAACUAUUUUCUUUGUUUUGACACCAAAAAGACUCAUAACCUCAACAUUCUUCACUUGGUGGAUUGGGGGAACAAAUACCUAUUCAACGUUAAUGACAACUUAUAAGGGAUCUGAUAGCCUAGAAACUACAGAAAUAAUUUACUAUGUCAAAACUCCAAUGAGACAAUCGACAAGUACUUCAUAUUCUUAUUGGAGUGAAAGAAGAAUAGAGACAUUUUCAACUGGUAUUAUUACUACCACUGAUGAUUCGGGAAAUGCUACAACGGAAACUAUCUAUUAUGUUAAUUCCCCUAAUUAUCACUCAACAUCAUAUUCCUUUUAUCGUACAUCCAUACCUGAAACGACAUUUCUAACUGUAACUUCUCUACACACAGAUUCGGAAGGAUUUAUAACUACAGAGACAAUAUAUUUUGUUGCUAAACCACCUAUUAGUAGUAAAUCAACUUCUUUUACAUACUGGAGUAAUACCUAUGAUACAACAAUAUCAACCAUAACAACCGAAUAUCUAGAUGAAUCAAAUAAUAUAUCCAUUCAGACAAUUUUUCUCGUGCAAACCCCUGUACGUGAAAUCAAAAUAACUUCAUUCGAAGGGUGGGAUAGUUCUAGUACAACGACAUACACCACUAUUGUAACAACUAGUACCAAUUCAUUAGGACAAGAAUUUACAUUUACUGUAUAUUAUGUCCAUACCUUACUGCAUCAUCUGACAAAAACAAAUUUCAUUGCUGGAAGUAACACAUUUACUUCAACAGUUUCAACAGAGACUUUAACAAUCCAAGGUUCAAAUGAUGAUCAGACAAUUGAAACCGUAUUUUUUGUAGAAACUCCAAGUAGGAUUAGCAUUUCUACACAUUAUACAUAUGGAAGUGAAGCUUUUACAUCCACAUUCUCAACUUUAGUCAAUACCGUGAUUGAUUCAGAUGGAAAUGCUACAACUGAAACGAUAUAUUUUGUCCAGACUCCUAUAAGUCGUUCUUCAACAACAAUGUUUAUGAUUGGCGAGAAUUCGAAUACAUUAACGUAUUCCACUAUUAUUACAACAAUUAUUGAUAACUUAGGUAACGAAUUAACAGAAACAAUAUUUUUAGUUAUGACCCCUAAGCGAGUUAGUGAAGAGACAUCCUACACAACUGCGUUGGUCAUGAAUAUAAAUACGAAAGCUACAACCACCUCCACAUUUACUGGAACUGACAAUCUUGAAACAACUAGAAUUAUUUAUGUAGUCGAGCUUCCAUUUGACUAUCAACAAUCUUUAACAAAUCACAAUUAUACUACAAUUUCUGAAGAGACAUUAAUUAUUUUAUCAUCUGAAGGAACUUCAUCUUUAUAUGAAGCAUCGUCAAUAUUUCAUAACGGUAUGCCAUCUUCUUCACUUAUUUCUAAUUUCUCGGAGUCAUCACAGUUUUUAGUUUCAAAUGAAAGAACUCCAUCAUCUAUAUCUGAAGAUAAUGAUAACAAAACAAUUUCUUUUAUGCUUACUUCCAUUAUAGAUACAGAAUAUCCAAGUGUUUAUCCAACUUCGCUCAAGUCUAUUAAUUCUACUAAAUCAUUGCAUAGAUCCCAUUUACCUUCAUUGACUGAAAUUUCUAAAUUAAUUACAUCAUCAAAUAAAUAUCCACAUUCCUCUGACAUAUUGUCAGCAGAGGGCAUCCAAUCAAAUAAAAUGAGUAGUUCAUCCAUAAAAAUAGAAUAUUCAACUGAAAAAUUAGCCAAUGAAAGCUCAAUAGUACUUACUACUAAAAUUUGUUUCCCCUACCUGAGUACGUAUUCACGUUAUUUCAUGAUUUAUGCAAAAUAUAAAGCUACAGCAAGAAUUUCCUAUUCUUCAAGCUACUCAUCAAAAAUAAGUGAAUAUCUCGAACCAAGUUCAGACACAGUAAACACAAGAACAAAUGAAAAUAUCAUUACUUACAAUAAAACGUCAAGCCAUUUCAAUCCAACAUCUAAUUCAGUUUCAGCUACUAUUGCUACCGAAUCAGCCUCCAUUAGUUACAACUCUUCUACUCUAAGUGAUUUGAUCAGUAAUUCAGGUUCAGCUACUAUUGUUACCGAAUCACCCUCCAUUGGUUACAACUCAUCUACUCCAAGUGACUUGAUUAGUGAUUCAGGUUCAGCUACUAUUGCUACCGAAUCGUCAUCUGUUGGUCACAACUCAUCUAUUCCAAGUGAUUUGAUCAGUAAUUCAGUUUCAGCUACUAUUGCUACCGAAUCAUCCUCCAUUGGUUACAACUCUUCUACUCCAAGUGACUUGAUCAGUGAUUCAGGUUCAGCUACUAUUGCUAACGAAUCGUCAUCUGUUGGUUACAACUCAUCUACUCCAAGUGACUUGAUUAGUGAUUCAGUUUCAGCUACUAUUGUUACCGAAUCAGCCUCCAUUGGUUACAACUCUUCUACUCCAAGUGACUUGAUCAGUGAUUCAGUUUCAGCUACUAUUGCUACCGAAUCAUCCUCCAUUGGUUACAACUCUUCUACUCCAAGUGACUUGAUCAGUGAUUCAGUUUCAGCUACUAUUGUUACUGAAUCCUCAUCUGUUGGUCACAACUCAUCUACUCCAAGUGACUUGAUCAGUAAUUCAGUUUCAGCUACUAUUGCUACCGAAUCAUCCUCCAUUGGUUACAACUCUUCUAUUCCAAGUGACUUGAUCAGUGAUUCAGGUUCAGCUACUAUUGUGACUGAAUCCUCAUCUGUUGGUCACAACUCAUCUACUCCAAGUGACUUGAUCAGUAAUUCAGUUUCAGCUACUAUUGCUACCGAAUCAUCCUCCAUUGGUUACAACUCUUCUACUCCAAGUGACUUGAUUAGUGAUUCAGUUUCAGCUACUAUUGUUACCGAAUCAUCCUCCAUUGGUUACAACUCAUCUAUUCCAAGUGAUUUGAUCAGUAAUUCAGUUUCAGCUACUAUUGCUACCGAAUCAUCCUCCAUUGGUUACAACUCUUCUACUCCAAGUGACUUGAUCAGUGAUUCAGGUUCAGCUACUAUUGCUAACGAAUCGUCAUCUGUUGGUUACAACUCAUCUACUCCAAGUGACUUGAUUAGUGAUUCAGUUUCAGCUACUAUUGCUACCGAAUCAGCCUCCAUUAGUUACAACUCUUCUACUCUAAGUGAUUUGAUCAGUAAUUCAGGUUCAGCUACUAUUGUUACCGAAUCACCCUCCAUUGGUUACAACUCUUCUACUCCAAGUGACUUGAUCAGUGAUUCAGUUUCAGCUACUAUUGUUACUGAAUCCUCAUCUGUUGGUUACAACUCUUCUAUUCCAAGUGACUUGAUCAGUGAUUCAGUUUCAGCUACUAUUGUUACCGAAUCCUCAUCUGUUGAUUACAACUCAUCUAUUCCAAGUGAUUUGAUUAGUGAUUCAGGUUCAGCUACUAUUGUUACUGAAUCAGCCUCCAUUGGUUACAACUCAUCUAUACCUUCUGGUUCAACUAGUGGAUCUUACAUAUACUAUACUGCAGGUGAAUCCUCAUCUGUUGGUCACAACUAUUCUAUUCCAAGUGACUUGAUCAGUAAUUCAGGUUCAGCUACUAUUGUUACCGAAUCACCCUCCAUUGGUUACAACUCUUCUAUUCCAAGUGAAUUGAUCAAUGAUUCAGGUUCAGCUACUAUUGUUACUGAAUCCUCAUCUGUUGGUUACAACUCAUCUACUCCAAGUGACUUGAUCAGUGAUUCAGGUUCAGCUACUAUUGCUAACGAAUCGUCAUCUGUUGGUUACAACUCAUCUACUCCAAGUGACUUGAUCAGUGAUUCAGGUUCAGCUACUAUUGCUAACGAAUCGUCAUCUGUUGGUUACAACUCAUCUACUCCAAGUGACUUGAUCUGUGAUUCAGUUUCAGCUACUAUUGUUACUGAAUCCUCAUCUGUUGGUCACAACUCAUCUACUCCAAGUGAUUUGAUUAGUGAUUCAGUUUCAGCUACUAUUGUUACCGAAUCAUCCUCCAUUGGUUACAACUCAUCUAUUCCAAGUGAUUUGAUUAGUGAUUCAGUUUCAGCUACUAUUGUUACCGAAUCCUCAUCUGUUGGUUACAACUCAUCUAUUCCAAGUGAUUUGAUUAGUGAUUCAGUUUCAGCUACUAUUGUUACCGAAUCAGCCUCCAUUGGUUACAACUCUUCUACUCCAAGUGACUUGAUCAGUGAUUCAGGUUCAGCUACUAUUGUUACUGAAUCCUCAUCUGUUGGUUACAACUCAUCUAUUCCAAGUGACUUGAUCAGUGAUUCAGGUUCAGCUACUAUUGUUACUGAAUCCUCAUCUGUUGGUCACAACUCAUCUACUCCAAGUGACUUGAUCAGUGAUUCAGGUUCAGCUACUAUUGUUACCGAAUCAGCCUCCAUUGGUUACAACUCUUCUACUCCAAGUGACUUGAUUAGUGAUUCAGUUUCAGCUACUAUUGUUACCGAAUCAUCCUCCAUUGGUUACAACUCUUCUACUCCAAGUGACUUGAUCAGUGAUUCAGUUUCAGCUACUAUUGUUACUGAAUCCUCAUCUGUUGGUUACAACUCAUCUAUUCCAAGUGAUUUGAUUAGUGAUUCAGUUUCAGCUACUAUUGUUACUGAAUCUUCAUCUGUUGGUUACAACUAUUCUACUCCAAGUGACUUGAUCAGUGAUUCAGUUUCAGCUACUAUUGCUACCGAAUCAUCCUCCAUUGGUUACAACUCUUCUACUCCAAGUGACUUGAUUAGUGAUUCAGUUUCAGCUACUAUUGUUACUGAAUCCUCAUCUGUUGGUUACUACUCAUCUAUUCCAAGUGACUUGAUCAGUGAUUCAGUUUCAGCUACUAUUGUUACCGAAUCCUCAUCUGUUGGUCACAACUCAUCUACUCCAAGUGACUUGAUCAGUGAUUUAGUUUCAGCUACUAUUGUUACUGAAUCCUCAUCUGUUGGUUACAACUCAUCUAUUCCAAGUGACUUGAUCAGUGAUUCAGGUUCAGCUACUAUUGUUACCGAAUCAGCCUCCAUUGGUUACAACUCUUCUACUCCAAGUGACUUGAUUAGUGAUUCAGUUUCAGCUACUAUUGUUACCGAAUCAUCCUCCAUUGGUUACAACUCUUCUAUUCCAAGUGACUUGAUCAGUGAUUCAGGUUCAGCUACUAUUGUGACUGAAUCUUCAUCUGUUGGUUACAACUCUUCUACUCCAAUUGACUUGAUCAGUGAUUCAGGUUUAGCUACUAUUGUGACUGAAUCUUCAUCUGUUGGUUACAACUAUUCUAUUCCAAGUGACUUGAUCAGUAAUUCAGGUUCAGCUACUAUUGUUACUGAAUCAGCCUCCAUUGGUUACAACUCAUCUAUACCUUCUGGUUCAACUAGUGGAUCUUACAUAUACUAUACUGCAGGUGAAUCCUCAUCUGUUGGUCACAACUCAUCUACUCCAAGUGACUUGAUCAGUGAUUCAGGUUCAGCUACUAUUGUUACCGAAUCAGCCUCCAUUGGUUACAACUCUUCUACUCCAAGUGACUUGAUUAGUGAUUCAGUUUCAGCUACUAUUGUUACCGAAUCAUCCUCCAUUGGUUACAACUCUUCUACUCCAAGUGACUUGAUCAGUGAUUCAGGUUCAGCUACUAUUGUUACCGAAUCAGCCUCCAUUGGUUACAACUCUUCUAUACCUUCUGGUUCAACUAGUGGAUCUUACAUAUACUAUACUGCAGGUGAAUCCUCAUCUGUUGGUCUCAACUCAUCUACUUCAAGUGACUUGAUUAGUGAUUCAGUUUCAGUUACUAUUGUUACCGAAUCAUCCUCCAUUGGUUACAACUCUUCUAUUCCAAGUGACUUGAUCAGUGAUUCAGGUUCAGCUACUAUUGCUACCGAAUCAUCCUCCAUUGGUUACAACUCUUCUACUCCAAGUGACUUGAUCAGUAAUUCAGUUUCAGCUACUAUUGUUACCGAAUCAUCCUCCAUUGGUUACAACUCUUCUAUUCCAAGUGACUUGAUCAGUGAUUCAGGUUCAGCUACUAUUGUGACUGAAUCUUCAUCUGUUGGUUACAACUAUUCUAUUCCAAGUGACUUGAUCAGUAAUUCAGGUUCAGCUACUAUUGUUACCGAAUCAACCUCCAUUGGUUACAACUCAUCUAUACCUUCUGGUUCAACUAGUGGAUCUUACAUAUACUAUACUGCAGGUGAAUCCUCAUCUGUUGGUCUCAACUCAUCUACUUCAAGUGACUUGAUUAGUGAUUCAGGUUCAGCUACUAUUGUUACCGAAUCAGCCUCCAUUGGUUACAACUCUUCUACUCCAAGUGACUUGAUCAGUGAUUCAGGUUCAGCUACUAUUGUUACUGAAUCCUCAUCUGUUGGUUACAACUCAUCUACUCCAAGUGACUUGAUCAGUGAUUCAGUUUCAGCUACUAUUGUUACUGAAUCCUCAUCUGUUGGUUACAACUCAUCUACUCCAAGUGACUUGAUCAGUGAUUCAGGUUCAGCUACUAUUGUUACCGAAUCCUCAUCUGUUGGUCACAACUCAUCUACUCCAAGUGACUUGAUCAGUGAUUCAGGUUCAGCUACUAUUGUUACCAAAUCAUCCUCCAUUGGUUACAACUCAUCUAUACCUUCUGGUUCAACUAGUGGAUCUUACAUAUACUAUACUGCAGGUGAAUCCUCAUCUGUUGGUCACAACUCUUCUAUUCCAAGUGAUUUGAUCAGUAAUUCAGUUUCAGCUACUAUUGCUACCGAAUCAUCCUCCAUUGGUUACAACUCUUCUACUCCAAGUGACUUGAUCAGUGAUUCAGUUUCAGCUACUAUUGUUACCGAAUCCUCAUCUGUUGGUUACAACUCAUCUAUUCCAAGUGAUUUGAUUAGUGAUUCAGUUUCAGCUACUAUUGUUACUGAAUCUUCAUCUGUUGGUUACAACUCUUCUACUCCAAGUGACUUGAUUAGUGAUUCCAGUUUCAGCUACUAUUGUGACUGA